AUCAGCAAAGAGUCGAUUUUGAAACAUCGAUACCAUCGACUUGAGAACGAUGUUUUUGCAGCUUAGGUAUUUCCAGAGUCGGGCACACUGAUAAAAAUUGCAAGAAAGUUAUUCCAAAUCCACAUUCGCCAGCAAUCUUUCCGAUAAGCUUACUCAGCAGAGGGAGUGAGUUGCAGUAACCGUCCGUAGAACCAAUCACCAGUUGCCAUCUCAGAGGAGGAAGACCGGGUCCGAUUCAAUCCAAACCAAACCCAUCAUGGCAACCACACCACGCAGCGGCGGUGCCAGCGGCACUGGAACGGCGCAGCGACCAAACGGCACCUCGCAGAACAAAAGUUGCCAAUUCAAGCUGGUGCUCCUCGGCGAGUCCGCCGUGGGCAAGUCCUCCCUGGUGCUGCGCUUCGUCAAGGGACAGUUCCACGAGUACCAGGAGAGCACGAUAGGCGCGGCCUUUCUCACACAGACCAUUUGCAUAGAGGACACCGUCGUCAAGUUCGAGAUCUGGGACACGGCUGGCCAAGAGCGGUACCACAGCUUAGCCCCCAUGUAUUAUCGGGGAGCGCAGGCCGCUAUCGUCGUCUAUGAUAUACAGAAUCAGGACAGUUUUCAGCGUGCAAAGACUUGGGUCAAGGAACUGCAUAAACAAGCCUCACCAAACAUUGUCAUUGCGCUGGCCGGCAACAAGGCAGAUCUGUCAAGCAUUCGCGUCGUGGAGUUCGAUGAAGCGAAGCAAUAUGCCGAGGAGAACGGGCUGCUGUUCAUGGAAACAUCCGCCAAGACGGGCAUGAAUGUCAACGACAUUUUCUUGGCCAUUGCCAAGAAACUACCUAAGAACGAUGGCGCCAACAAUCAGGGAACCAGCAUAAGGCCGAAUGGGAACGAAACAAAUCGACCGACGAACAACUGCUGCAAGUGAUGUCCCUUUGUAGAAAAUGAAAUUUCCAACGAGAGAUUUGAAAAGUUUAUGCUGAUAAUUAUAAAUAAAAAAAUUAUUUAAAAAUUUAACAGAAUCGGAAAGAGAUACCUAAAGCCGGCUUUCCCAGGGGAAAGUAAUUUCAUUUUAGAGCCACAAAACAAUAAUGAUAAAGACCGCCUAAUAAGAAUUAUAAAUCCCCAACCUAAAACAAAGUUAGUUACAAGUUCCCACACCUCGAUUUACCCAAUUAGACUUGAUAUCUGUCCAAAAAGAAAACCAAACUGACACGCCCCCACAAUUGAGCUAAACUAUCAGUAUAAUAUGAACAUAAACCAUUUCAAAUAACAACGCAAAAUAAUAAAAAUUGAAGAGAAAGCGCAGAAGGUUUUUGCAGAGUUCAUCGUGUCGUAGAAUGUUUGAAAUUGUAUUGUAUAAAAAAGAGAAACCGGAAAGGGAGGAUUCCAGUUGCAGUUGUUCUCAGCAGCGUUCCAAAUAAAGAAACAAACACCACAAGGAGCAAAAAUUCAGGCCAGCGGCUAAAGAUCUUCGCUCGCCUCGGUCUGUGGCAAUGUGUGUGUCUCUCCGGCUCCGAAGCUCGGAUUCCGGAUGCGGAUUGCGUUCUAAUACGGAUGCGAGUGCGGAUUCGACUCCGGGUCGCGGCGGACACGUGUGAUAGUUGCAAUUUAUAUAAAUUAUAUAUACACAUAUGAAAAUGAAACAAAACAAAAACCACAAAAAAACAAUUAUGCAUAAUUUUACCUUUUUUUAAUUCGUCUUGCGUUGAACUAUUUUCCACAUUCUAGCAACAAUCGAAGAUUUAAUGCUACUAUCUUUAAACAUAAACGAGAAAGGAGAAACUAUCGUAAACCAUUAAAAAUUAAACUUACAUCUAGUAUGCAAUUAAGCGGAGGAAGUAAAGUGAAAUCUUAAACAUAAACCUUGAAAUACUUUACCAUAAUGCAAAGAGAAAACAAACGUAAAUAAAACGAAACGAACAACACAAUACAACAACUAUUUGUUUAAAUCGUUCCAAAAACAUCUAUGAUUUGAUAUUGAAAUCGAAUCGGAUGCUUAUUUCUUUCCAAUUUAUAAUUUUUAUGUUGUCUGUAUGUAUUUAAAUUUAACAUUUAUAAAUUAUAAUAAAUGAAAACAUCGUAUAUACUUA